UGUGCAUGUAACUGACUGGAACACAACAUGAUUUGGCUGUAAGUGUUGUUUCCACAGACAUUACAACUAUCACUGAAUCUAAUUUAAAGGUACACAGCAGGGGACCGUAGCAGAGUGAGAUUCAACGCUCUCCACCAGGGAACUAAUUGACUAUUUUACAGCUGAGAGCUGAUCUGCAAACUGAUUUCCUCACCGCCGACUGAAGGAAAACAAAACAGGUGAAAUAUGGUGAUCGCGCUCAGCCUCGGUCUCCUUUGUCUGCUCUUCUGUCCUGGGCCAGCGGAGGCUCAGUUUCCUCGGGUGUGCUGCACAGUGGAGGGAAUCCUGUCCAAGCAGUGUUGCCCCGCUCUGGGCUCGGACCCCGCCAACGUCUGCGGCUCUCUAUCCGGGAGAGGAAGCUGCUCAGCCGUUCGAGUCGACAACAAACCGUGGGGAGGACCGUACAGGCUGAGAAACGUCGAUGACAGAGAGAGGUGGCCGACCAAAUUCUUCAAUCAGACUUGCAGAUGCACUGGUAACUUUGCGGGUUAUAACUGUGGCCAGUGUAAGUUUGGGUGGACGGGACCAAACUGUGACCAGAGGAAAGCUCCGGUGGUGAGGAGGGACAUCCACACCUUGACCCCCGAAGAGCUGGAAGAGUUCCUGAACGCUCUGCAGCUGGCUAAGACCACCACCCACCCAGACUAUGUCAUCGCCACCCAGCACUGGCUGGGACUCCUGGGACCAAAUGGAACCGAGCCACAGGUUGCCAACAUCUCCAUCUACGACUUCUUUGUCUGGCAGCAUUACUACUCGGUCAGGGACACCCUUCUCGGACCCGGACGUCCCUUCAGAGCGAUUGAUUUCUCACACAAAGGUCCGGCGUUCAUUACCUGGCACCGGUAUCACCUUCUGAGCCUGGAAAGAGAUCUGCAGAGACUGACUGGCAAUGAAAACUUUGCGGUCCCUUACUGGAACUUUGCCACGGGGCAGAGCGAGUGUGACGUUUGCACCGACUCUCUGCUGGGAGGAAGAAACCCUGACAAUCCCUCCCUCAUCAGUAACCAGUCCAGAUUCUCCAACUGGGGGGUGGUUUGUAACAGUCUGGACGACUACAACCGCCUGGUGACUCUUUGUAAUGGCACCAGUGAAGGUUCGAUUCAGAGAGGGAUCAUGGAGAGAGGCAACAUGUCGCUGCCCACCAUGAGCGACGUCAGGAGCUGUCUUGGAAUCAGGGAGUUCGACAGCCCUCCGUAUUUCACCAACUCGUCCUUUAGCUUUAGAAAUGCUCUUGAAGGGUACGAGAGGCCAGACGGGGAACUGGAUGAAUCGGUGGAUAACCUUCACAACCUUGUCCACUCCAUGCUGAAUGGGACCAGCGCUUUGUCUCACUCUGCAGCCAAUGACCCCAUCUUUCUGGUGCUCCAUGCUUUCACUGACGCCAUUUUCGACGAGUGGAUGAGGAGGUUCCUCCCGAACAACGCCACCUACCCCGAUGAGAUGGCUCCCAUCGGCCAUAACAGGGACUACAACAUGGUCCCCUUCUUCCCGCCGAUCACUAAUGAAGAGAUCUACGUCACGUCCGAGCAGCUGGGGUACUCCUAUGCGGUUUCGUUGGAUGAUACAGAUGGAGGGCCGACUGUGUUUGUGCUGAGCUCCUCUCUCGGGGGAGUCUUCAUUGGUCUUCUGGUGCUUCUCCUUAUCUUUGUGCUCUACCAGCGUCAGCGGAGAAACAGAGGCUUUGAACCUCUGAUAAAAGCGGAUUUCACAAAUAGAAAGUACACAGAGGAAGCCUAGAUUUCACCUGUUGUUCUGCAACGCACUCCAGUGCUCUUAGGAGCGAUGGAGGAGCCGGUCUACAAUGUUCUCCGGGCUCCACUGUGGAGCGAGAGUAAAAUAUUAUUUUGCUGUGUCUGAAUGGCAUUUGUGCUCUUUUGAUACGAAAUUAAUUCCAUGUAAGAGCCAUCAAGCGAAUCACAUCGUAGCCAAUGAAUGUACAUUUUAACCAGUAUCUUCUUAGAAAUCUUGCAGAGCUCUUGCGCCAUCUUGUCCCUUUUCCAACUUUACCACUAGUACAAAUCUAAUGGGAUGUUUUUUUAAUAACAAUUUAUUCUCAAGAACAGUAACAAAACACAAAUGCAAUCAUGUCAAUUGCACUGAAAAACAGUAAGGCAUAUUUGCUCAACUAGUUCUUCUCCCCCUCGGUUUGAAAUGAAAUUCAAACUCCACGUCUCUCUCCCUCAUAGAGAUUUGAAAUCAUACAGCAAUGUGUAGGUUGUUUAAAAAAAAAAAAAAAAAAAGCAAGAAGCAAAAACUCUAUUUUUUCCUGCUUACUGAUAAUUUGUCUGACCAGGCAUCCGUUUUCAAUAUUUUAUUGCAAAAAUAUUAAAAGUUCAAUGAUACAAAACAUAAAAAGGGCAUCCUGUGAGAUCAAUAAUAAAGAAUCACUUUAAAUGA